AUGGAGGCCGCAUCAUCGCGGGCGGCGGCGCGAGACCGAUGGGGCGAGCUCGGCCGCCCGACGCCCUCGCAGCUCCAGCGCUUCAUCCAGGGCGCCUGCAGCCCGGAGAACUACGAGCCGAACCUCGCGCUGAACCUCGAGAUUGCCGACCUCAUCAACUCGAAAAAGGGCUCGGCCCCGCGCGAGGCCGUCGUCUCCAUCGUCAGCUACAUCAACCACCGCAACCCCAGCGUCGCCCUGCUCGCCCUCCACCUGCUCGACAUUUGCGUCAAGAACUGCGGCUACCCCUUCCACCUGCAGAUCAGCACCAAGGAGUUCCUCAACGAGCUCGUCCGCCGCUUCCCCGAACGCCCGCCCCUGCGCGCCACGCGCGUCCAGAUGAAGAUCCUCGAGGCCAUUGAGGAGUGGAGGAGUACCAUCUGCGAGACGAGCCGCUACAAGGAGGACCUCGGCUUCAUCCGCGACAUGCACCGCCUGCUGAGCUACAAGGGCUACACCUUUCCCGAGGUCCGCCGCGACGACGCCGCCGUGCUGAACCCGAGCGACAACCUCAAAUCGGCCGAAGAGAUGGAGGAGGAGGAGAAAGAGGCCCAGUCGGCCAAGCUCCAGGAGCUCAUCCGACGCGGCCAGCCCGAGGACCUGCAAGAGGCCAACCGGCUCAUGAAGAUCAUGGCCGGCUUCGACACGCGCACGAAAACAGACUACCGCGCCAAGGCCGCCCAGGAGGUCAGCAAGAUCCAGGCCAAGGCGAGGCUGCUCGAGGAGCGCCUCGAGGCCUUCCAGCAGGGCGACACGAUGCAGGACGGCGACGUCUACUCGGAGCUCGCCUCGUCGCUGCAGAGCGCCCAGCCCAAGAUUCAGAAAAUGUGCGAGGAGGAGUCGGACGACCACGAGGCCGUCGCCAAGCUGCUCGAGAUCAACGACAGCAUCCACAGGACCGUCGAGCGCUACAAGCUCAUGAAGAAGGGCGACCUCGAGUCGGCCAAGAAGCUCGCGAGCGGUGCGCCUCUGUCCGCGGCAGCGGCGGCGGCGGCGUCGUCGUCGUCGUCGACGAGCAAUGGCAAGAGCGCCGCGCAGGAGCUGUCUCUGAUCGACUUUGACGCCGAGGUGCCGUCGAACGGCACCUCGUCCGCCCAGCCGUCGCAGGCUGGCGGCAGCGUCGAGAACGACCUGCUUGGUCUGUCGAUCGGCGAGACGGAAAACUUUGGCCAAGGAGGCGCCCUGUCGCUGGGUUUCGGCAGCAACACAAAUAUCCCCGGCCCCGCGUUACUCUCGUCCCUGAACGAAGGCCAGACGGCCAAAUCCGCCACCGCCAGCCCUGCCGCCCCGCCCCCCGGCUUCGCCAACCUCUCCUCCUUCACCUCCCCCCCCGCCUCGCAGUCCGGCACCCCGCAACCGCAAGCCAACUACAUCUUCAACAAGCCGCCACCCCCCGCCCCAGCCUCCGAUCCCUUCGCCGCCCUCGGCGCUAGCUUCUCCCCGCCGCAGUCGACGACGCCGGUCCCCGCGGCGGCGCCCACGUCCAACGACGACGACGAGUGGUCCUUCUCCUCGGCCCUGCCCCAGGCCGCGGCGCCGACGCAGCCGCGCGAGCACAAGGCCGUCAUCAGCGACGGUGGCGUCAGGAUCGAGAUGCUCGCCAACCGCACCACGGCCAACAGCAGCGCCAUGAACAUUGUCUUUGCCUUUUCCAACACGACGGCGCAGCCCGUGACGGAGCUGCACUACCAGGUGGCCGUGACCAAGGGCUACGAGAUCAAGAUCAGCCCGCAGACGGGCGUCGCGCUCGAGCCGAAGCAGAGCCGCGGCGUCACGCAGACGGUCGAGGUUAACCACGCCGGCGACAGGAGCCGCAAGGUCGAGGCGCUGAAGCUCCGGUUCAGGGUGUCGUACAAGGUCGGCGGUGCGCUGCGCAACGAAGCGGGUGCCGUGUCCGAGUUUAGCAUUGCGUAG